AUGUUCUUAAUUGAAUGUUCUAAAUAAUUAAUUAUCAUUAUUCUUAAUUAUUUUUUUAUUAUUUUAUUUAUAUUUAAAAUNACAGUUUUUAAAGAGAAAAAUUUGGAGAUCUCUAAACUGGCACUUAUUUUGAAUCAUUAUAAUGAAAAUAUGAAGGAAGAAAAAUUAAUUAUAAAUGUUUAAAAACAACUAAAAGAAGUAGAAACAGUCAAACAUGAAUGGAUUUCUGUUAUUAGAAGAAUUAAUAGCCCAGAAAAAUUGAAUGAAAUUUUCUCAGAAGAGAAUAGAGAAAAAUUGUGGUUCGAAUUAAUUACUGUAAAUGAAAUAUCAUUCUAACCUUAAUUUUUACCAUAUAGUGAUAGAAUUAGCACAUAUAUUACUGAAAAGAGUGAUUUAAUAUUAAGUUUGAUUUGUCAAUAAAUGGAUUAUAAUCUAAGUCUAAAAAAUAAGGAAAUGAAUGAUGAAUAAUUCAUUUUAUUACAAAGUCUAAUAGGUUCUAUAUAACACAUUCUAUCAACUACACCUGAACAAACAGAAGAUUGGUUUAACAAAUUUAUUAAUGUUUCAUUAGAAUUAUCCUAAACAUUCCAUUUCGAAAAUGAUAUCCAUGAAAAAAGUUAGAAUUUCCUAAAAAUUUUCAAUUUCUUUUCAUUUUUCUCUGAAUUCAUUAAUGGAUACUCAACAUUUGAAAAACAUUGUAUAUAGGUCUAAUAGAAAUGUACUUAUUUCUUAGAAUCCUUAUAAAAAAAGAUAGAGUUACAAAGAGUUAAUGAAGAAAAAUUAAGAGAAAAAUAAAGUAGAAUUAAAGCAGAGCAAUAAUUUAAUACAGAAUCUCAAAUUAGAAUUUAGAAAGAAUAAAUGUAUGCAUAAGAGUAUGAAAACAGAAUUAGGUACGAACAAUAAUUAAAAAUGGAAUAAUAAUUAAGAACUGUUUUAGAAUAAGAUAAAAAAGGAAUGGAAUAGCAAUAUAAAGAUUAUUGUGAAAAGUCUCUUUAAAUAUAAAACAAUCUACAAAAUCUGAUUUAAACUGAAAAAGUUUAAAAAUAAUAAGUAGAAUUAGAUCUUAAAAGAUAAUUGCAAGAUUUAUAAAAUAAACUAAAUGAAAUGGAAUAAAGAAGAAAAGAAUGGUUAGAACAUAGAGCUAAUCAUCCACCUCAUCAUGGUCCUCAUGGACCUGGUCACCACGGUCCUCCUGGACACCAUGGAUGGUUUAAAAAAUGA